UCCACCUAAUCCCUUAUUCAGGGGUGCAAAUGCAAGCAAAGUAUUGGGGGCCAAUUUGCUUUUUAAAGCCCCUGCCAAAUAGUGAUCCUACAGCGUCAGGGAGAGUUUCGGCGAUACCCAGCGCAGUGCGCAUGAGCGAAUUCCAGGGCACUCUUCCUGCCAAAUAGUGAUCAUCAGUGCAGGGCUGUGACACCCAGCGGAUCAGAGCUACAAGCUGCCUAUUCCUCCCCUUACUACUGGGUAUACAGGCUAAUCCGGGCUGGAUGGCCGUGCUGUCUAAUUCCUUGGCCUCUGGAAACCCUGCCCCACUCCUGCUUCUCUAACUCUUUCCUUUGGAUUGACCAGAAAUCUGUAUUUCUCAACAUGAUUAGCAUUGGGAUCCCAUGGAGGAAAUGACCUAGAGGCCUUACAAAUACAUUGUGUGGAUUAUAUUCUUAAGCGCACCAUCCAGAGGGAAAAAGAAGAAGAAGAAGAAAAACAAAAACCUUUAAAAAUCUUGAAAGACGCAUUUGUUUCCGGUGUGAAGUUAAGACUAACUACCUCAACAAGCACAGAGCAAGAGGGAUCUGCAAAGGGGCCGCUAGUCUCUGAUUCUACCAACUAUUGUCCGGACUGGGGCUUUACCACAUGUGCAGUAUUAAGGACGCUUGAGUUUGCAGACUGGAUCUGCCCACUAAUAGAAAAUAUAUAUAUUCUUCUUUUGGUCCUUCGCUCCCCGUGUCCCUCAGUUUUUGUGUCCAUUUUUUUUCCCCCUCCUCCAUCAAGCCAAGAGCUUUUUCAUUACUUUUAUAUUCGCUGUUGAUCAGUGUGGUUGUUUUUUUUUUUUUUCUCUGAGUUGUUGUGUUUUUGUGUUUUGUUAUAGGGCUUAUGUUUUUGAAGGAAUGAGGAUGCUGUAGCUCACUCCUGCGCAGGCUUUGCCUUUAUCGGAUUAUAUGCUAUUUUUUGAAGAGGUUUAGAAACCUUCCCCAUUUCCACUGGUUUUGUAUCGCUCAACUUUUGCUGGGUUGCUGGAGAAGUGGGCAGUGGAAAUUUUUGCUGGAAGUCCUUGCCACACGCAGUCGUUCAAAACAAAGGCACGUGUGAGGUUUUGCAGACUAUAGCUGGCUUCAGACGAACAAGUUGUGAGCUGCAGCAGGGCUGCGCUGAACACAGCAAUCCACUGAGUCAGCAAAUCCACUGCCUUUCUCUCUGCUGAUACAGAUUACCCAGGGCUGGCCUUUGGGAAAUGCCUUUUACAAAACCCAUGUAUGUUGCCCUCCUCUGUUAUCUGACAUAGCCGGGCAAUUGAAGGGUAUUUGAAGAGGCACUGCUCGUUCACUUUGGAAGCCUGUGGCUUGCAAGACACAUAUGUAUUGCUGUAGCGCCCAAGAAAGUAAAAUGGACUACAAGAGGAGGUUUUUGCUUGGCGGGUCCAAGCAGAAGGUGCAACAACACCAGCAUUACCAGAUGCCUGAGCUCAGCCGGACUCUGAGCGCACCUUUGGCCUCCACUACCGCAACAUCCUCUCUGAUUUCCUCGGCUAACACCGGCAGCUGCCCCCACCCUUCUGCCCACACCACCCCCAUCGCAGACAUCCAGCAGGGCAUCUCCAAGUAUCUGGAUGCGCUGAAUGUCUUCUGCCGCGCCAGCACUUUCCUCACUGACCUUUUCAGCAGCGUUUUCCGUAACUCGCACUACUCUAAGGCAGCUAUGCAACUGAAAGACGUGCAGGACCAUGUCAUGGAGGCAGCCAGCCGACUCACAGCAGCAAUAAAACCCGAGAUUGCAAAAAUGUUGAUGGAGUUGAGCGCUGGAGCCGCAAACUUUAAAGACCAGAACGAAUUCAGCUUGCAAGACAUUGAGGUGCUGGGCCGCUGUUUCCUUACAGUGAUGCAGGUUCAUUUCCAGUUCUUGUCCCAAGCGUUGCAAAAGGUUCAGCCUGUGGCACAUUCAUGUUUUUCUGAAGCAGUUACACAGGAGCGAAAGAAUGCCCCAGGAACGCACGAUAUGAACCCCGCCAGAGAUCUUGAUGAGGCUGUGAGAUCUUGGAGAGGGGCUGUUGAGGCAACUAGCCGUCUGCGUGAGAGAGGAUGUGAUGGCUGUCUAGCGGGAAUCGAAGUGCAGCAACUCUUCUGUUCCCAAUCGUUGGCAAUUCCUGAGCACCAUCUGAAGGAGCUGAAUAUGAAAAUUGACAGCACCUUACAGGCGUAUAAAAUCGCUCUGGAAAGUUUAGGUCACUGUGAAUAUGCAAUGAAGGCUGGCUUUCACUUAAAUCCCAAGGCUAUUGAAGAAACUCUGAAGGGCUGCUGUAGUGAAGCAGAGGCCCAACAGGCAGGAAGGAGACAGACCCCAUCUCAACCAAUACAGUGUGAACUUCCAACCAUGCCUGUCCAGAUUGGUUCUCACUUCCUGAAAGGAACCUCUUUCAAUGAGUCGACCACAGAGAAUUUAAAGCUGAAAACGCACACAAUGCUUCAACUGCUCAAAGAUGCUGAUGGACACAAUGGUAUCACGGAGCGGGAUGAGAGUGUGGUGACAGAAGUUCUUAAUCAAGUCUGCCCAUCCACUUGGCGUGGCGCUUGUAAAACUGCAGUGCAGUUACUGUUUGGCCAGGCGGGGCUGGUGGUGGUUGAUACAGCACAGAUUGAGAACAAGGAGGCUUAUGCACCACAGAUCAGUGUGGAGUGUUCCAGGAUCGUCGUACAAGUUCCGUCUACUUGGUGUUUGAAGGAAGACCCAGCAACGAUGUCUCUGUUGCAAAGAAGUCUUGACCCAGAAAAAACUCUAGGACUGGUUGAUGUUUUAUACACAGCAGUGUUUGAUAUCACAAGGUGGAAGGAGGGUCGGGAGCAGACAUUGCCAAUAAUACAGAUCCAGUUACAGCGGGAAGUCUCAGAUUUUGGAAAUCCAAUAGAUCUUCCUCACGGAAACUGCAGCAAAUCGUCUGGAGGACUGCAAAAGACCUUCUCCAAACUGACUUCUCGGCUCACAAAGAAAGCAUCAUGCAGCGGGAGCUAUACUGUCCCUCACUCCUCCUCCAAAAACGUCUUAACCACUAGCCACUCAGAGGAAAAGGCAAAAGGUCCCAAUAACGUGGACUCCAAGUUACAGAGCAUCCUGAAUAUUGGAACAUUCCCGAGGUCAAUGGACACUACACACGCAUCCCAGAGCACAAACAGCCAGUUAGUCAAUGGGCUUCUCUCGGACAGACGAGACGAUUUCUUUAAAGCCGAUGAUUUAAAGGACGACAAAGGAAUGAAUUUGCCAACUGACCAGGAAAUGCAAGAUGUCAUUGAUUUUCUGUCUGGAUUUAACUUGGGGAAAUCUCAGCAGACAUCACCUGUUGUCAAGAGAAAGAAUUCAACCACCUCAUCAGGGGUGGCGGAGCAAAAACCAGGAACUGUGAAACCACCAUCACAGCCAGUGCCACAUACACCACAUCACCCUGCUCCGCAGGGACUGCUACAGCAACAGCAACAACAACAACCACCACCACCUCCCACACAGCUGCAGAUGACACCGAAACAACAGCUGCAGUACUAUCAGCAUCUGUUUCAGCCACUCGGACAGCAUCAACAGCAGCAGCAGCAGCAGCAACAACAACAGCAACAGCAGCAGCAGCAGCAGCAGCAAUCACAUCCUCCUGGAAAGUGGUUAAACAGCUCCACGCAACAAUCUGUGCAGGCGGUUGGCAGUGGGCUGUCUCUUGGUCAGAUGAGUCAGUGGAGCGGUCAGGGAGUCUCUGAUUUAAGUCCUGACUUGUACAGCUUGGGUCUUGUCAGCAGUUUCAUGGAUAAUGUGGUGUCGGAAAUGUUGGGGCAGAAACCACAAGGCCCGAGGAACAACACGUGGCCAAACCGUGACCAAAGUGAAGGCAUGUUUGGGAUGCUGGGAGAUAUUUUACCUUUUGAUCCCGCAGUUGGCUCAGACCCUGAAUUUGCCCGGUAUGUGGCUGGAGUCAACCAAGCUAUGCAACAGAAACGACAAGGACAGCAUAUUCGGCGCCCGAGCAACACGCGCAGCAAUUGGCCCCAUCCAGAUGACUCUCACAGAACGUGGCCGUUUCCAGAGUAUUACACAGAAGGCGAUGGUAUAAACAAUAGUUGGUCGGGUACUCAGGGAGACUCCACCAGCUCGAGUGAUGAGACCUCCUCUGCCAAUGGGGACAGCCUGUUCUCCAUGUUCUCAGGGCCAGACCUUGUUGCUGCUGUCAAACAGAGAAGAAAACACAGUAGUGGUGAACAGGAGGUGAGCACGCUGCCGUCACCACCGCUACUGUCCACGGUAGAUGAUCUCAAUCAGGAGAACAAAACCAAAACAUGGCCGCCGAAAGCUCCAUGGCAACACGCCUCUCCUCUCUCCAACACACUGCCCAAUCAGAGUUCUUCUUUGUACCAGAUGACUAAUCCUGUGAGCCAAUGGAAUGACACAAUGCAAAUAUUACAGUCCCCAGUUUGGUCAACAGCGAAUGACUGUGCUCCGCCCACGGGGAUCUCUUCUACAUUUGCCUACACACCACAACAAUCACAGCAGGCGAAUAAGGGCUUUAAAUCCUUCCCGAUGAAACACGAACGCAGACCAUCGUACUUACAUCAGUUCUGAUCGAGGAGCAACAGGGGCACCUGGGCUGAAGAGUCUUAUCUGUAAAAUCGCCAUUGAAAGUGUCUGGCAAUCUGUGCAGUCUGAACAAACAUUCAUUAGUUUUUUUUAUUCUCUUAGUUGCAGGUAACGUGAUAUUAUGGGGUUUUCUUUUUCUAAUGUGAAACCAUGUUUCAGUAAAUGAGACCACAUGAUUUGUAUCUCUGCAUAUGUAUUCCAGCGUUUCCAUUUACAUUUAGCCUGUUUGGCGUGGAAGACAUGACAAAUUGUGUAUUUCAUUCCCCCCAGAUAUGCAAAAUUCCAGCUAAAGCAAAUAUGGUCUAAUGUUUCUCUUUUUUUCCCUUCUCUCUCCCAAUAAAAUGUUGUGUUUUGUGUAAGCCAGGUUUAUCACUGGCAAUAUAUAUAUACAUUUUAUUUUGGGCCACUAUAGCCAGAACAUACCUGAUUUGUAUAAGGGGUGUUAUGUAGCCAGGAAUUUGUUUGUAUGCUAUAGAUUGGCUGCCUGAUUUAUUUAUGUUCCGUUUAGGAUUUAUUCGCUAAACAGUUAAUGGGGGUAAGUGGAAAACUAAACUGCAAAAUUUAGGGAGAAGACUGCUGAUUUGGAGAAUUCUUCAACUUGGCUAUAGUCACAGUGUGGCCAUCUUAGCCUGAAUUUUGCAGUUCGUUCUCAAUUCACUGCAGGUCUUUCUAUGAUGAAUAAAACUCCUUUGUGUUUUACCAUGAAUGAGAGUAACUAAGACGUAAUAUUCAUCCCUUGCUUAGGCCAGAUUCUGCUGACUAUUUCAUUUGGUUACACUGCAUUAUAUAAAUGUUUUGUGACCAUUCCACAGACAGAAUAUGGCUGGAGCAAAUUGAGUCUAACAAGAACUCACUCAGGAUCACUUGCAUGUUGGCUUAGCAAAUGUAAGUGUGCAUUAAAUAUGGACCACUAGCUGUUGGGAUAAAUUGAUGAGAGUCAACAGUUAAGAUUACUAGUGUGGGAAAAGGCCUAGAGUAGCACUUCUUCAACUUUUCCCUUUUUUUUUUCCCCCCCCCCUCUUUAUUCCCAUUGGAACAGGAUUGCUCUUGGAAGCACGGCUCUAAACUAGCAGUUCCUAAUCUUUACUAUUUUUGACAGGGACCCAAAUAAUUACAUAGCAUUAUCUUGGGGCCCCCUCGUUUAAUUGCAAAAUUAGCUCACUAACCUGUUUGAUUUGUGAUAGAAUAAAUUGUACACAAGUAACAAGUUAAUUCAAAAACCGUCAUUAAACUCUACCCAGCAUCAAUUGGAUCUCCAUUCCUCUGGGGAAAGCAGUGCUGCUUAAAGGAAAUAAACUAUUGUGCUGAAUUGCCUGAGGCCUGAUCAAUUUUAGGUGCCUAUUCCAGCCCAUAGGGAUCCAAGUCUGGUUUCAGUCCCCUCAUUUAAAAACCACUGGCUUAGACCAUUUAUUUGGGAAGGAUCUAAUGCAGGUGCAGUCACUCCAGGUGUUAGAACUGCAGCUCGCAUGGUGCUUUGCAUCCUUAAAGCUAAAAAGCAUCAUGGCAAAUUUAGUUUGACUACAGCUGGAGGGAAGUCUACCUUUUGGCCUCCUCAGCUGUAGUAGAGCUCAACUCUUGAGUUUAAUGAGUGUGAUGCUGAUCUGUUAAUUGCAGUGGGUCUAACAGUUACUGAUAUUUAAUGCUGUCUAGCAUCCAGUACGAACCAUUUCAUGGAACACAGCACAGCACAGCUUCUUAUGGAACUUAGGGUUCCUUAUUGUGACACUAAGCCUAGGAACGGCUGAGUUAACAUUGUCCUGUACUGAGGCUGAUAUCUUUAGUCUUCCAAGAGAUGGGGGAUUCAAACCAGUCAAUUGGUCACUCCCUGCUGUAUUCGUGUGAAAAGCAGUGCUCCAUUCAAAAUGGCUACAAGGUCAACUUUGUUCUAACAGCUAAUUAAAAAGUUAUAUCUGUUUGAUUUUAUGGCGGAAACGUACCUCAAGCCUUCUAGCUGCUCUGGACUACGUCUGCCAUGUAGGACUACGUCUGCCAUGUAGGACUACGUCUGCCAUGUAGGCUGAUCUGUUGGCAGCAGCUGGAAUGUUUGAUGAUUCUAAUCCCUUACCAUCCUCUCUAUUUGUGUAGUAUUUUAUUUUUUUUUUCUCCCAAAAUUAUAUAAAAUGACAUCUCUAUAAUCCAUGGAGGAGGGGCACAGGUGGUCCAUUUAGGAACAUCCAUGCUCACUUCCUGUGAGUGUGGGGCUGUUUCCUGCUCUUAUGAAUGCCAUGGCAAGAAAUGUCAUUUAUUUAUCUGUCCAGCUGAAGAAUGGAUUUGUAAACCCCCAACAAAUAAAACGUCUCUUUUGUACAAAGUAAAAAAAAAAAAAAAAAUCCCACUAGUCUGAAACAUGCAAUGCAGAGCUUGAAACCAGCCCAAAAAACACUUCCUGGUAGUGUCAUACACAUUUUUACCUCUCCCUGAAGGGGGGUUGGGAGGGUAAUUCGCCUACUUUUUUGUGACUCUUUGUAUCUCAUUUUAUAUGUAACUUUGAUAUUGUUCUAUAUGGCCAAAGGCAUUAUGUACACUCUGCUCCUGAUAACUGAAAAGACUUUUGGGAUCUUAGUCUUUUUAAGAGUUAUAUAUAAAUAAUAUACACUUUAGGAGCAAUAAUAAUAAUAAAAAAAAAAAAUAUUAAAGUGAGCUGGCUCAGAAAUAGUUAAAUUAAAAGUAGCAACUAGAGAAUAUAAAGUAUAUUUUUAAAAUAAAAAUAAACCUAAAAUACUGAGCAUAAUGUCACUUAUAGAAGGUAUGUGCCAUAAAAUCAGAAAGUACAGUGGACGUAGGAAUAUCCUUCCAACCAAGUGACUCUAGGAGAAAUUUAAAUGGUGCUGAAAAUUCAAUUAAACUCAGAGUCGCAGGUUUAGGGGCAGGGCCUGUGCGUUGCCCCUUUGCAUUUUGAGAGUUAAAUAGUAUAUGUACAGAUCGCCCAUAGCAUCCUAAUUUGAGUUUACAAAAAAAAAUAUUCUCUAUAUAGUUUCUAUGUAUUUUAAAUGUCAUUUCAUCAUUUUUCGACAAAUAAAAUCUUAAAAACUUUAAAACAAACCCAUAUUUUCUAGUAUGAAAAAAAAGUAUCUACAGUAUUAAUCUUAUUUUUGUAUUUUCUUAAAUUGUUAUCACUAAUAGGUUGGCUCAUUAAUAUGAGUAACACAUUUUCCUAUAUACGUAGUGACUGGCUCAUUUGCCUAUCUUUGAUAUGGUGAAGCACAUCGUUUUGUUUUGUUUUCUCUUCUUACAGAUUUAAAAGAUUAAUUAUACCAAAAAUAUGUAUAAAACACUAAACUAUUUAAAAUACAUAAUGGGAUAUUUAAAACCCAGUUUUUCUUCCUUUUUACUUUGUACAGUAAUGGGUUUUGGUAGCAGGCCUGCAAAGAAGCCAAGUUGCCUCUAUUUAUACUACUCUCUCUUUAUUUUGA